GUCGCGGGAGCGCGCACUCAGAUGGGGUAGUUUAGCUGCUUUAGCUCGUUUAGCCUCACAUUCUCUUUCCUUCCAGGGUUUGGGCUGGCAGCAAAUGCCAUACGCAGGGCAGCAAGGUUUAUUUCAUCAUUAUUUGUGAGAGGAACUCGAGCGGAUUGUCAAAUACACGUCGGUCCACCGGACCAAGAAUUUGUUCCGGAUUUUUUUCCCCGUUUUUUUGACCCGGAUAGGUCUGGUAGUUUCUAGAAAAUUAUGGGUGGGCUGGGGAACGGGCGUCGCGGAGGAAGAUCCCCCCCUCUAAUAAUUGCUGCCCUGAUUGCCUGCAUUUUGGUUUUGGGCUUCAACUACUGGGUGUCUAGUUCCCGCAACCUGGAGCUACAGACCAAGGUGUACGAGUUGGAAGGCCAGGUGCGACGUGGAGUAGCGGAGCGAGGUGCUGCAGAAAGUAAGAAGAAUGAGUUCCAGGGGGAGAUCCAGAGACAGAAGGAGCAGAUUAGUCAAAUAGAAAGGUUUUACAAGACACAGCUGGAGGAAGCCCAGAGCACCUGGAGCGAGGAGAAGGUUGUACUGCAGCAGAACAUUUCCUCCAGUUCUGCAACCAUACAAGAACUUAAAGGUCAGCUGAAUCAGCUCAAUGAGGAUUUGGGAAAGCUUCAGAAGAAGCUGUGGAGUUGUCAGGACAACAUCAAUACCCUCAACGACAAACUCACUUAUGACAUGACACACUGUCACUCCCAAGUCCUGUCCCAGAAGGAGUUGUGUGAUGAAAGAGUGGUCGCAGCUAAACUUGAGGUUCAGAAAAAAAUGGAGAAGCUUAUCCCACCUCCGAGUGUCCUAUCACAGCACAAAAACAACGAGAAUGGAAUACUGGAAGAAGAUACAACGGUCAAGGCUGUGCUUGACGGAAUUCAAACAGCCACUGUUUUAAGCCACACACCAAGCCCUUCUCAGCCCAAAGAAAAGGAACCCCCUGAAAUGCUGACCAACGAUAUCAUCAUGAGCAGAGGUUCUGAUGUCUCAGUGGGACAGCCUCCCAACAAGGACCUGUCCACGCUGGAGCUCCAGUCUGCGCCUUCAGCUGUUGUCAAGGAGGAUGCUUUGCAGCCGAAAGAGGGAGAUGUAAAAACAGAUGAUGUCAAAACAGAUGAGACUGAAACCGAGACCAGUAAACACUUGAUGGAUAAUCUGACUGAGGAUAAAGAAAUGGAGGUGAUGGAUACUCAUGAAGAAGAUGCUCAGACGGAAGAUGUUGACCCCGGGAUGGAGGGUCUACUCAUUGGUCAAGGGAAGAUGGAUGACACUCCUGGUCAGAAAGUUGACGAGCCAGAGGAAUAUGAUGUAGAUGAGCCAGUACUAGGUGGAAUCCCUCAACAGGAGAAUAAACAGGCUGAAGAAAAUGUUGACAAGGAGCUGGAGGAGGAACUGGCUGACUACAACGGGGAUGAUGAGAAUGAAGGAGAAUUUGAAGCAGACAAACAAGCUGCACUUGCUCAAAUCUGAGAGCAGGAGGUAAAGGAUCCUGCACAUCACAUCAGAGAACAGCACCUGUUCAACACAAUCCAACAGCAUCAUGCUGGCACCAUGCACCAACAUUUUCUUCACAAAAGUCUUCUGGGUGAUUUUCCUAUUUUCUCACCAAUGGUUCAGUUGUCUGGGAGUAUAGCAAAUUUGACUGAUAAACUAAGACUUAAAAAUAGUACCCCUCAACAUUUUUGAAAAUCUGGGGAUUUUGACGAUGUGUUGACAUGUGUUAUGUUCACCCCAUAACAGCUGGGACUUAAGUUAUGCGGAGACCCCUGUAGGGUUACAGGGUGUGAAAUGCUGUGAAGAGUUUGAAAGAUCUGAGUAAUUCCAGUGGUACAAGUCCGCCAGCAGAGGGCACAGCAACACAAGCCCUGCCUCUCUGGGAUAUAAGAGUUCCUUGAACAAUCCUUCAUGUUUCCUACAGUCUUGUAGAAAUGUUUUUGUGGUUUAAGUGCAUGUUAUGGGGUCUCUUAAAUAUCAGUCAUCUGAGGCUUUCUGCACAAAGUAGCAGACGUUUGCAGUUAAUACCCUCCUUUUUAUAAAUGAAAUACAGUCAUUUUUGAAUUGUUGUUGCCUUUCUGUGAUAAUUUAAGACUCUUAUUCUGAGCGGGGUGUAACGUCCUAAGGUUGAAUGUUUGCAAAUAUUUCUAAAUCAAAACAAAGGAACAGGUAGAAACACUUAAUUCUGGGUGACAUGUUGCUGUUUGCCUUAUCAGUGCUGUUUUAAUUAUUUGUUCUGUAAUUAGCUACUGCAGCUAAAAAUUAAAUGUAAAUGAUUUUACUUUGUGGAUUCUGUCGCUGAUCUGCUGAAUGAAAUGGACUACAUGUAGCUGAGAAUGUCGAUUUCUGACAGUUGCUGUAACAUAAUGAAGGAUAUUUGCACAAAGCAUGAAGAACGCCUUGACCUCGAUGACUCUUUCCAGUCAGGUAAUAUCAGCCGUUUAGGUGUACUGCUAGUAUUCAUUUAGUCAAACAUUAACUGCACUAAUUUGCAUAGAUCAUGUCCCUUACUUUCCAGGUAAUGUUUCAUGUUCCAUGAUGAAAGUGGAGACAUCCAGGUACUUAGCAUUUCAUUCCCAUAUAUUUUGAUUAUCAGCCAUAGGCCAUCAUUUUUUAUGGCCUAACGGGAUGGGGAAGUUGGUUUACUACGAGGCUCUUAUUUGAUUAUCCGUUGGGACUCACAUUAUUUUAGCUUCAUCUGAUAUCCUGCUGUCUGGUUCAAAGACAGGUGGCUAAAACUCCUACUCUCGUUUUCAUUUAUUGUCACAGAGCUGUAGUCUCACUGUUUCAAACUCAACAAAAAAAAAGAUUCUUGUGUAUUGUAUAGUUGCUGUUCUGCAAACCCUACAUUUUUUUAGUCCACCAGAAGCUGUUUU